AUGGUGGAGGAAGGCAGAAAUGGAGAAGGUGCAACAGACGAUAGCCACCGCAAAAGCGACGGUGUAGACUUAAUCAGUUUACUACCUGAUGAGAUCCUCCAAACUAUCCUCUCCUCUCUUGAGACCUUUAUAGCCGUCAGAACUUCUAUCUUGUCCAAAAGAUGGAGGCAUGUAUGGUCUGAACGCUACACGGUUCGCAAGAUGAUGAGUUUCGAGCUGGGGGCCAACUUGAAAGACAAGAGGCAUUACGUAGACAGAUGGAUCGAGUUCGCUAUGUCCCGAAACGUGGAGAAUAUGACUCUGAUUGUUUCUAAUCAUGGUGACAAGAAGUAUCACAUUCCUGAUUUCUUCUACAUCAAUAACUCUAUCAGGCAAAUCAGUGUUAACGGUUCGUGUAGUGGUUUGACAAUCCCCAGUUACGUGUCUUGGACAUCUCUGAAGAUGCUGUCCUUGACUUAUUUCAAGCUCUAUGACGAAUGUAUUGAUAAGAUUGUAUCUGGAUGUCCGGUUCUCGAAAGCUUAUCCCUGUCUUUUUGCCAUGAACUGAUGGUUCUUGAUCUCAGCAAAUCGUUGAGUCUGAGAACGUUAGAAAUCCUUAACAUAGAGUUUCUGUGUCCAAAGCAGAUUGUUGCACCGCAUCUUCGUUGUCUCAAAUUGAGACACCCUCUGCUACCAUGUACUUUAGUUGAUGUCUCGUCUUUAAAUGAAGCUAGACUAAACAUUUUCUUUUCUGGACAUCAUCUGGAAGCUGAUUUUCUUCAAGAUACGGUGCUAAAGAUGCUAGAGAAGUUGCAGAAUGUAGAAAAACUUACUUUGGGGGAAAACUUUCUUAAUAUUUUAUCUCUUGCCGAGCUCCGUUGUGUUCCGUUUCCAAGCUUCAAGGUCAAAAAUUUGACACUUGUGACAAUGAUCUCUCAAUAUGUAAUCCCUGGUAUAGUCAGGGUGCUACAAAACUCACCUGAACUGGAGAAGCUAACAACAAUACACACAGUGGAUUUAUACGACUGCAUACCGGAGAAGCAUAUUGACACCUACUUGAAUUUGAAAAGCUUAAAUUCGGAUCAGUGUUGGAGCAUGGAAGCGAGGGUCUUUGAGAACAUUAGUUAUGGGGAUAUAGAGUCGAAGCACGUGGUUUCGUUCAUGGAACUUAUGUUUAAAAACACAAAGACAUUAGAGAAGAUGGUCGUUUGGUUGGAAAGAUAUGAUCAAGGUCGAAAUUUUGAAGAGUUGCUUGAGAUGGUUCCAGUGCUCUCUGACGAGAAUAAUAUCACCAUAGUGUUCAGCUCAUCCAAGUCGAAAAACAGAGAUAGUAUUGGAUCUAUCUGUGACUAA